AUGGCUUCAUUACUUCUGACGAGGAGUGUGAUGACGAAAACGUUGAUGAUUUCGAUGGCUGCACGUCCGGGUGCAAAGUUGAAACUGGCUAUUACUGUUCGGGUGAGCCCUCGGUAUGUGCCACUAGAUGCGGGGACGGAAGGAGAAUAA